CUUCAAAACGUUGAACGCUCUUUCCUACUUCCGGCACACACACACUAACUCGUCUAACGGCGGCGCGCUUGACUGUGCAGCUCCCGGACUGCGUUUUGCUGACGAGAGAAUCGAACCGUGGAGUCCGAAUCUGAAUUGCUAUCCGAACAUGAAUGGGUUCACCUUGAUGCUGCUGUUUGCUGCUCAGUGCUUUCCAGUAACAGCAAGUCAAGGCGGAAACAAAUCGGCACAGCUCUUUUUCUGCAGUAUUCCAGGAUGUGGCUCUAAUGUGACCCACGUGUUUUGCAACGACGAGUCGCUCCUCAGUGAUGGUCCCAUCCCGAACUGUACCGGGCCUCCACCCCCCAAUACUGUCUGCCAGCACAAGGGCUUCGCAUUCGCCUCCACCGAUUCAGAUGCUGGCUGUGAUUUUGAAGGGAAAGACGGUCUUAUUGAGUCGGGAAAAUGUACAGACAACAGCAGCAUCUGUGCUUCUCUUCACCGUGGAUUUCAUCGUCCAUCGCUGACCACUGCCUUUCCUCUAGUCAACGCUACAUCACAAGUCCCCACAAGGGGGCGUUAUGGAUUAAUUGUUGAAGGUGUAAUUUUAGGUCUGCUGAUCGUAGGAAUAGGAAUAGCAAGAAGAGUCUCUUAUAGACGCUCACAGCAGGAUUCAGCAAGUAACGCUGCUGUGACUGAACCGCUGAGACAGAUGGAAGGUCCCGAAGGAAUCAGUGAUAGUGAUACUGCUGGAUUGGAAGAUGGCGGUUCUACUUCCCACCAGGAGAGUGGAGUUUAAACAACUGCAGCUUCAUCAUCUUUGUUGUAUUUUUCUCAUUUUUUUCUCAAGAUAUCUCAUGGGGUUGUUUUUUUUUUAAAUGUAGCACAAACAUCCAUGAACUGAUUAGGUUUUUGUGGUUAAAGGUCAACGUGAAAUCAGCCCCAUUAUUACAAACACAAUAUCUCAGGAACACCUUAAGAGAGUUUCUGGACUGCAGGAUGAAGUCAUACGGUUUUUGCAAUCAAAAGGUCACUGUGAAAAAUGUUUAUUUAAUCUUUAUCCUUAUUUAAGGCCACGAGUCGCAUCAAUAAACUUAUACAGAUAAUUUUGCAAACACGUCCAGUAGAAUAACAUGAUGAAGUAAUGCCAUUUUGGACAGACCCUGGUGAAGAAUGUUUAUGCGGUAGUUUUUCCUAUUUUUGAAAUCAACAUGACAUCUGUUUUAGAAGUGUUCCUUUUAGUGCAAGCCUCCCCCACUUCCUGUAUAUUAUCAUUACUAUUAUAUUAUGUACAAUAAACUCAGAUGCAAAUUAAAA